AUGAUUGGCUUCAUUUUCAACGCGUUUGUUCUGUUCUCCAUCUCGUGGGCUGGCUGGCUGGUGUUCAAGGGGGCUUCCGAGAGGUCCCGGGACGGUCUCAAAGACUACAGAGGCGCACUGAGUGGCAUUAUAGCGACGCUUUCCAACCCUUCCGAGGUCAAGGAGCUUCUGGCUGCAUCGCAGGCGACAGUUGGAGGAUGGUGGGAAAAAGGGAUUGCCUUUUACAAUGACCUCGACGAUGAAAAGCGGGCAGAAUAUUCGCUACGAAUGACCGAGAUGUACUAUGGGACGAUUAUUCAACUCAAUUUGUUUUUGACUUACGCACUCAUUGAAGCACGAAUUCGCGCCGAGCCGCUUGUGGAGUCUGGAAAGGUUUCAAUCUCAAAUGCACUCAAUCGUGAGACAUGGGAUGCAGUGUCGAAGUCCGUCGUGGCUGGUAUCCAGCAGGGACCCAUUGGUCAAGCGGUUCAAGUGUAUGCUAAAUCUGGGGUGUGGACGAUCCUGGAGGAACAAAUUGCUGAAGGGCGCAAGUUGUUCGAGAGCACAGCCGACCGUGCUGUCAACGUGAUUGUCCGAACGGCAGGUCCAGAGCGCGUCAAAGCAUUUGAGGCAUUUACAGAGGAUCUGUUUAAAACGUUACUUGGGGAGAUGUCUAUCUAUGCAUACGAUCCGAGCGCCAUGCACCAACUUGUUGUAAAGGACGGGAAUGUCUAUAUUGAAGACGUCGCGGUUGACACGUCCAGAAGGGAACCUUCGCAAUCAAGACAACUCGCCGCCAAAAGCCCGUUAUCCAUCCCCCUGCCAGACACCGAGACCGAGGAGGAGAGUGACAGCAUUUCCGCAAUCGAUAUCCGAGUCGAAGAAGUGGAUGAAGAAGACACUUCCGAGAGUUCAGAGAUCGAAUAUGACAAGGUGGAGAAAAUCUUGGGGCUGAGUCGCAUUGAAGAGGUUGUCGAAGAGGAAGUCGAGGACGACUCUUGUCCGACAAAUGGUGGCAACGAUGAUGUCGUUGUCGCACAGGCACCUCUCCAUAGCACCGAGGACGAAUCUUUAUCGGAGAAGCAGGUUCCGGGCAAGAACGAUGACUUAGUAAGCUCUGGACAGAGUGGCAGUCGUCGAAGCAGCAAAUCAGAGAACUACACCUUGGUAGAAGGAGUGGACUUGCCAAGCACUGAUACUGGUAUCGUCGUUAGCAAACCGCCGGUCGAUGUCGAUGUGGUAUUUCAGGGAAGAUUUGUCGAGGAGGAGAUCAAGCAGAAAGGGAGGGAGGUCAGCGUUGCGGUUGCUGAGGUGACGGAGGAGGUGGAUCUGGGAUACGUCGAUAGAGCACUAGCGGUGGUAGAGGAGAAGAGCAGAGCGCGGGAGAUCUUGGAGGAGCGGCGCCUUGAGGCUGUGGAUAUUCACAUCCGGAGUUCCGAGUCUGACUUGGACAAUGCUUCAGAUUUGAAGACAGUUCCCGCUACAAAGUCACCGGUACGGAAGAGAAAGAGGUAUGCCGUUCGAAAUGUUCGAUUUUAUUUACAACCACCAUCUAACAUCAAGCAGCAUAUCACACGCGAGCAAUACGAAGGGGAUACCCAGGAAAUUGCAAUCAAAACACUCAUACACCCCGAUAUCGAACUUCAAGGACAUCGGAGCGAUGCCACGCACUAUCUUCUUUCCACCGUCUUUUCCAUUGACAAAGGGGGCCAAUUCGUUACGAAGUAUCUCGGUCCAGGAGUCCUAUAUUUUACUGAGGGUAGGUAUAACUACCUCAUUACUAUCCCGUCUGCGUUGUUGUUGGGUCAUUUAAAUUUGCAUCCACCAGGUGAAUUGAAAUACGAGGACCCCAAAAAUCCCAGAACCCACGUAGUGGUCACAGCAGGGUCAAUAGUACACGUAGAAGAAGAUUCGGUCCUCCGGUGGCACUGUAGCUCUUCCUCUGGAUCCAAAGAAAUUUGUGUAUUCUAUGUGCCGGUCUCUGUAAAGAGUACUAGCGAAAUUAUAAUCUCGGAAUAA